AUGGGUUUGCUAAAGAUUUUAACUUUAUUCCUAUUGCUAUGUGCCGGUGUUAAGUCUGCUCAUUCCCUGUCAUGGCUGCCUUGUAUGUUCAGUGACUUUAUCAUGGUGGUCAAUAAUGAAGGUACGCGUGAUGUUCAGCUCCAGCAAAGACCCAGCAUUCUGCAGUUUGGACAGCAAGGAGAUAGUCCUGUUAACCCUCACGCCAUCACUUUCCUGGUCAUACCUUCCAAGGUGAACCUGCAUAGCUUUAUGCCGGACACAGAUGUGGAUGACCUGGAUUGUGCCAUUCAUAGACAUAACACAGAAGGCGUCCAUGUGAAGUGGCCAAGCCAAAAGUCCAACGAGUACAACUCUUGGUUUAGCAUCAGUCUGACACACACCCAAGGCCUGUUCACUGUCUCUGGAAUCCUCAGAUACCCGUGUGAGCCGCCGUCCUCUGGACAGGAAGAUGUCCGCAAUUGGCCUGCUAUUGAGGACCGACAGACUCUCAUUACUUCAGUUGCAGUGAUCUUGAAAACACUAACUCCAACGGUGACAUCAGGCCUUGGGUUCCAAAAAACACUACAUUGCCAGUUUGCUGUUGACCACAAGACACCAAACCUGACUGCUCUGUGGUAUCAGCAGAACCAUGGAGAACGGCGUACACUCUUCAGUCACGCCACCCGAUCAGGUCAAACUGAGGGCAGAGGCGUUGAACUGAAGAAUAUAGCUGGAGGCGACCUGUCUUACACCCUGCCCUUUACUGAAGUCAAGCAUGCGGGGAUGUAUGUGUGCUCCGCGUCGGUGUUUCCACUGUCUAAUAGCCUUGAUAUAAGUCUACAAAUUAAAGAGUCCCCCCAGGUGUCCCUCAAUGUUGGUCCCAUGCUUACAUUGCAAGAGGGUGAGGAGAAGAAGUUGGUUUGUGAGGCAGCAAAGUAUUACCCUCUAGACGCGCACAUUGCCUGGUACGAGGAGGACCCAGCAUCUUCCGGUCAGAGGGUCGGCGCUCCUCUCCCCAAGGCGCUUGACAAUAUUUUGCUGUCCAGUCAUAAAAAUAAUAUGGACAGGACCUACUCGCUGUCAGGUUUCUUCUACCUCAAGGCGUCGCUCAGACAAUCAGGACGUCAGUUUACUUGCACAGUCUCCCACACAUCUCUGCGAAUGCCAAUUAAAAAAAGUUUCAUUUUGAUAGUUGAAGAACCAACCAGCUGGAUCUUCACACUCACUGUAUGCAGUGUGAUUGUCAUGCUGCUGUCUGCCCUGUAUUUUAUGCUGAGAUACCUUCAUCAAGAAAGACGCUUGCGAUCUGAGGUUAACUACGAGUGCCAAGAGAGCCAAGGUGUCCAAUCUGCAAAGAAGUUAUCGCACCACAUCAGCAUUGGCCACGAGUUGGAGAUUGAAAUGGCGUCUAUGGAGAUCGAGGACUUGAAACUUCAAGACCAGGGCAAAGCGGAGGGACAGCUCAAUAUCAACAGGGGUUUGCUCCACAGCGCCAUCCGCCUGUGA